UUGACAUGGCUCUCAGUUUACUGAUCAAUCUACCUUCAAUUUUAUAAUCCAUAUCCUCACCUGUGGUCAUGAGCUAUGGGUAACAACCACAGUCAGUCAUGAGUACAAGCUGUCAAUAUGAGGUUUCUCUGCAAGGGAUGCUGGAGCUAACCUUUGUGGUGGAGUGAAGAAUUUGGGGAUCCCGAAGGACCACGAAAUAGAACCUCUGCUUCUGCAGAUUGAGAGGAGUCGAGUGACGUGUUUUGGGUAUAUAUUAAGGAUGCCACCUGGAGAGCUUCCAAAGGAGUGUGUAAGAUGGGCAUGUUAUAUAAGCCGGUACCGAGUUUAUAUAGAAAUGUGAACAUUCUUAAACCUUACCGUUAAAAUAAGAAUCUAUAACAACAAUGUCCAUUCGGCUCGUUUGGUUAUUUAAUAGAGUCGGUUCGUCUGUAGACAUAGCGUAGGCAAUAUAAGCUGUACGUGCUCAGUGAGGAUUUACUUAUGUAACAUUCUCUGCAGAUUAAGUACAUCACCAUAUCUCGUCCAGCAACCAUAUUGUUGUUCUUUCUGAUUAGUGGGUGGUUUUUCGUUUCAUGACUUCAUAUUUUUUAAAUUAUGCAUCGGUAUGUUUUAAAAUAAGCCAUUUGUUCAAUUGAAACGAUUUUGUUACACUGAAAUAAUGAACACAUUUUGGGCUAGGUCAGUGUCACGGAGCAGUAUCCUUGGACUCCAUCAUUACACAUUGAAUCAAAAUUCGGGUUUUUUGUCAUUUUGAAAGGUCUUUUCUAAUAGGUGUGUCCAUUUUCCAUGUCCACAUGGCUUCUUGUGUUUGAAACCUAUAGGGUGCAGCCAUAUACUCGCCAGUUAUACCGCUGCACUCAUGAGCACAGAUAUCGCUCCGCACCGUAGCCACGCUUCCGACUUGGUGUUUAUAGCUGCUUUUAAGUAUAUUAAGCUUACAUGCUGAAUUUACUUUUUAAAUCAGCGAACGCCUUUUUGUAUGCGACCACAUAUUUUGCAACAAUCGAAGAGUUUUUCUUUUAUCAUUUUCAUUUCGUUGGGAGUCACUACAUAAUACAUUAUACAAUUAGCUGUAUGGUCUCGUUAUUAGCUAAACCCAGAGUGGACGUGACUGACCACGCCGUUGUGAUGGUUAGCAUAGGAAAUGUUGGGAAAUCAAGUUAUUAUUGCAGCGAGAUCUGCAGAUAUUGGGUGGAAAGCGACAGCAUCAUUUGUAAAGAGGGGGCACGCGCGGCGCUAUCGGAAGGAGGAAAGCCGUUUUACUGAAAACUAACUUGGAAUGUAAUGGUUAUAUAAGCUGAAAUUCCUGCAUUCUCAUAUGUGACAUUUCUUGCAUCUCGAACUGAGGAAUUUGGGGAAAGAGUGGCGCAUGAGACCGAAGGAUUCCCUCGGUAUCCGUCACCCUCCUCUCGCUCCCCCAGCCGUUUUGCGUUCAUUUAACAGCUACGGAGAAAUGAAGCUGCACGGAGUGGUGGGGAGUAUCGGAUCUCGUAAUGUAAAUGGCUUGGGGGGAGACAAAAAGCCACUUCACAGCUGUAAGGCAAGCCACAAAAUCGGAUCCCGUACGAUCAAGAGGGCAUGCAUUAUUUCUUUAUAUUGUGUUUGAGAAUUGGUACUAGACGUCUUUAAAGGUUUCGUUUGACCUACGUUUAACUUUGAACGUUCACUAAGAAACUUAAGGCACACAUCUGUUUAUUGACAUGGCAGCAGUAAUAUAUUAAGUGCUAAAACUUUUGCGCGUUUUUGAAUGUCCGUAUUCCUUAUUAAUUAUUCAAUAUAAAGAUUCUGCGUGUGCGAAAUUUCUUAUGCAGAAGUUCGGGAUGUGUUGAAACUUUAAAUCCUUCGCGGGAAAAUAAGGCGAUGUCUGGAUUGUCCUUUCAUUUUUUCACUCGCGAUUAUCUUGAUGAGGGUUACAGGAAAGGUUUUUGUUUCAUAAAGAUGGACAGAUGAGCGCUUGAUGCAUCUUAUCAUACUGUAUGGCUGACAGACGCUAAACGAUCAGAUAUAGGUUGAUGUGGCUACAGCGCGCAAAGCUUCGCCUGGACUCAUAAGGAAUUUUAGAUUUUGCUGCAUUCGUUACAUCACCCGUUCAUACUAGCGAUGGCUUUUUGAAAUGUAUCGCAGAAUCGGAAUAUUGCACAUUACUUUCCAGGGAACCUGCGUAAUUUUCGGACAUGACAGAAAACACUUAGCACACUGGGCGUACGCGCUUGGUAGUACAAUAGAAAUGACCGUCUAUACUCCAUAGAGCAGUACAAGUAGUGGGUCGGUGUUGAGCAUCCUGAAAUCGCAUGGGGCGUCGGGCAGACAAGACAUCGAGAAGAAAACAAUUAAAACGCUGAUAAAACGAAAGAGGUCCAGUGUGAGAACGAAGAUCUGUUCUCUGAACAAGCGCGUUUCACCCGGCUCCGGGCACAAGCGGAGCGCAUAGUCUGCUUCUGGGUGGUGCCGCAGGGUGCCAUGGGGACCCCAACCAGGGGGGAGGUGCCACACUCUUCCGCUUGCCAACAGCUACCCCAGUUCAGCUUUUCUCGCAAGAAAACAAAGGCAGUUCGGGGCAAACUGCGCAUGAAAUCCCCACCUGGGAUCUUCCUAAUGCUGGGGGCCGUCGUUGUCAUGGCUGGCAUGAUUGUUGCUGUGGCUGGGUACUGGCCACACCGGGCCCAUCGUACAGCCCUGCUCAGCCAGGCCAGUGCGGGUACGGGCAUGAGCGGUACCCAGGCCACUAAGUGGGGACAGGGAGCCAGAGGUAUGCUGACUGUGACUAGCCUGGUGCACCACACCCGCAUGAGGCUGUUGGGCCCUGUUAUCAUGGGAGUAGGGCUCUUCAUUCUGAUCUGCGCUAACACGGUGCUGUAUGAGAACCGUGACCGUGAGACACGCCUACUUCUGGCCCAGACCCGCGGCCCUACCAGACCCAUCUCUACCACAGUGCCACCCAGGGGCCAGCCCUGCAAUUACCAUUGGUUCACCAAGCUGACUGUUGCUGACCUUAACGUCCACCACUUAGGUCAGCAAGCCAAGUGUCAGACAGAAGGUGGCGGCAGUUACAUGCAUUACUGCGUCCAGACCGAGGCGCCCCCCCAGAGAUCUUCAUCGCCCCCCACCUCGACCCACCCCAGCAAGGCCUCCAUCAACAUGCUAACUGUAGAGUUCCACCUGGAGCCGCAGCGGAACUCCAGUGUGGCCAGACUGAAGCUCAACGAAAGCUUGGGGGAAUUGGCACAGGACGACGGAGGGUUGAAGCUCAUGGCUCCUACUGGAGGCUCCUAUAGCUUGUGCAGAAACACUCUUCCAGUUGGGGGUCACGUCAUACAGACUCUGGCUGACGAAGGCCUGGAGGAUGCAGGCCUCCAGGAUGUCGUGGACAUUCAGGCAGCUCCGUUGGAGGCGCUCCCUAGGGAACCAGGGUCAGUCAAUGCAGACCGUGACUGCAGUCUGGCGGAAAGCACAGAGGAGCGGAAACAUCGCAGCUGGCCUCCGUUGAGGCUCAGCACGGCCAGGAGGUACUGGGGGCUGGAGAACAAGCAAGAAUCUCUGGAUGAGCUGCUGGACUAGCUGGAGCAGCAGUGUUCUCAGAAAGAGAUGUGCUACAUUUAAGGCGUUUCGAGAGACAUGUUGUGGAUGAAACAUUUCGCUGAAGGUUAAUGUCAUGUGGGCUGUGUUUGGGUAUAUCCAGGCUACAUAUUUGUGCUGGUGUGGGGGCAUCCAUUUUGAGGAUUGAUCAGGUGUUUAUGAGAAUAUCAUUAUUAUUAUUAUUAUUAUUAUUAUUAUGGUUGUUAUUUCAUUGCUUAGUGCUUUUAUCCAAAACAACAUAUAAUUUUCUUCCAUUUACACAAUUGGAUGUUUUUCUGCAAAAAUGUGGGAUUCUCUGUAAGGGUGCAACAGCUUCUGCUACUGCUAAAGCUACUGCUCUCAGGAUGUGUUUGACAGUUUUUUUUUUCCCGGAGUGUUUCUUUAAGUGUAAAAAGUCUCUCUAUUGCCCUAUAUAAACAGAAGCUCUGGUAGGAGUCAAGUGGGAUCGUUUGGCAGUUAUAAUUCCUGAGCAGUAGCUGGAACGAAAUGCAGACCCUCCUGCUGCCAUCCAAAGAAGAAUAGAUAUAGCGGUUUGUUUCUGGGAGACAUAGGACUAAACGAUGAGUUCCUGGUGGCAGGUGACCACAUCAGCCCGGGAUGUGAGCUCCUAGACCAGGCUGCUCUGCCCCAGUCACCAGGAAUAGACACUUACCCUGUGUGUUACUUAAGCCUACAUCCCUUUCUGCCUCAUUACCUAGAGCAGGAUUUCAGGGAGACGAGGAGAGGAAUUCCCCCGAAAGUUACAUGUACAGAAGGGUCUGUGUUUUGUCACUCUUAACCCAUGUUGUACAUGUGUAAUAAUAAUUCUAUAUACCAAGCAAUAGCUGCGGACCGGUUACAUGGUCUACUUAGGACAUUAAAGAGAGCCAUGUUAGUGUCA